AGGGCAAAAACUCGGUGAAAGCCCACACGUAUCCUCCUGAACUCUCUUUAGCAGUCGCUUCGCUUCAAGGUUUUGGGAUUCCUUAAUUUUCGAUUUCUCAGUUUCUCCUCCUCCUCUGAGUAUUUCAGUUCGUGUUUGUUUGUGGUGAUGAGAAAUCGAAGACAGUGGCAAUGAAUCCAAUGAUGAGUGACUUUCUGCGAUCACGUUCUGAAAUUUCACUUUUUCCCCCGACUUCCAUGCCCUAAUCUUUAAUUCAACAUACCGAUUUUCAUAUCGACGGCCUCCGAUUUUCAUUUCGGUGUGGGAUGACGGCAAAUGUCUUCUGGCAGAACUUGAAAUGUCGUUUCCAGGUUUGAUCCGGUUGGGUCAUCCAAAAGUUCCACACUUUCGGAUUCAAAGAGCUUAUUCUCACGGGAUCAGAACCAUUAUCCUAAACCCCUUCACGAUGGUUUCCUCACGGCGGCGUCCUUACGCAACCACCACCGCCGAUCCAGCUUUGCUGCUUAAUGAUUUUACCCGAUUCUGCUACCAGAGAGACCUUCCCAGAGCUAUGCAGGCGAUGCUUUCAAUGCAAAGAUACGGUAUUUGGGCGGACUGCAUUACUUACUCUGAGCUCCUCAAGUGCUGCUUGUCCCGUGGAGCCCUUCACGAGGGAAAGCUCGUCCAUCGACACCUAUUCUCCAAUGGGCAUAGGCCCAUGACGUUUCUUGUCAAUGUUCUUAUCAACAUGUAUGCCAAAUUUAAUCUUUUAGAUGAUGCUCAGCUCCUGUUCGACCAAUUGCCUGACAGAAAUGUUGUUUCGUGGACUACCAUGAUUUCUGCCUAUUCCAAUUCCAAGCUUCAUCGGAAGGCUCUUGAGUUGCUGGCUUUGAUGCUUAGCGAGGGUGCCAGACCCAACAUGUAUACCUUCUCCUCUGUGUUGAGAGCCUGCAAUGAGCUAGCCAGUGUCAGGAUGCUUCAUAGUGUGAUAGUGAAGGACGGCCUGGAAUCUGACGUCUAUGUUAGGAGUGCUCUCAUCGACAUGUACUCCAAACUGGGUGAGCAGAAAGACGCCCUUUACGUUUUCAACGAGAUGGUUACUGGUGAUAGGAUUGUUUGGAACUCAAUCAUCGGUGGUUGUGCUCAAAACAAUGACAGUGAUGAAGCUUUGAAUUUGUUCAAGAGGAUGAAGAGAGCGGGUUUCUGUGCUGAUCAGUCUACGCUGACUAGUGUUUUGAGGGCAUGUACUGGUUUGGCUCUGUUAGAGAUGGGGAUGCAAGUCCAUGUUCAUAUCUUGAAAUAUGAUGAAGACUUGAUACUCAGCAAUGCACUAGUGGAUAUGUACUGCAAGUGUGGCUGCUUGGAGGAUGCCCGUCGACUGUUCAGCCGGAUGAAGGAGAAGGAUGUGAUUUCAUGGAGCACGAUGAUUGUCGGUUUGGCACAGAAUGGUUACAGCGAGGAGGCAUUGAAGUUGUUUGACCAUAUGAAAGCCUCUGGGACAAGACCAAACUAUAUUACAAUUCUUGGGGUUCUCUUUGCUUGCAGCCAUGCGGGACUCGUUGAAGAUGGUUGGUACUACUUUAGAUGGAUGAAAAAACUAUAUGGAAUUGAUCCAGGGAGGGAACACUAUGGGUGCAUGAUUGAUCUUCUUGGAAGGGCCGGAAGACUUGACGAUGCUAUCAAGCUGUUGAAGGAAAUGGAGAGUGAGCCAGAUGCUGUGACAUGGAGAACGCUACUUGGUGCUUGUAGGAUUCAUCGGAACAUGGAGUUAGCAGAAUAUGCUGCUCAUAAGGUCAUAACUCUUGAUCCCGAAGAUCCAGGAACUUACAUUCUCCUGUCUAACAUUUAUGCGAAUUCUCAGAAAUGGGAUAGAGUUGCAGAAGUUCGGAAAUGCAUGAGAAACAGAGGAAUUAAGAAAGAACCUGGUUGCAGCUGGAUUGAAGUAAACAAAGAGAUUCAUGCUUUUAUCGUGGGAGACAACUCUCACCCACAGAUAACCGAAGUCAAUAGUUGGCUAAACCAAUUGACCCACAAACUAAUUGGCAUUGGUUAUGUUCCCGACACAAACUUUGUGUUGCAAGAUCUUGAAGGAGAACAAAUGGAGGAGACUCUGAGGUAUCACAGUGAAAAGCUGGCCUUGGCCUUUGGCUUGAUGAGCUUGCCCAAUGGGAAGGUUAUUAGGAUAAGGAAGAAUCUGAGAAUAUGUGGGGACUGUCAUGUGUUUUUCAAGCUCACUUCGAAGCUUGAAAAUUGCUCUAUUGCGAUCAGAGAUCCCAUCCGUUACCAUCAUUUCCAGGAUGGAAGAUGCUCCUGCGGUGACUACUGGUAGCAGUCAAAUGCGACAGAGUAUGGGAUUUCCGGUUGAUGCUCAGGUUAUGAAAGAGCUCAAUAACAAGAGAGAACAUCUAGGCGUCUCCUUAAAUUCUGGAUUCCCAUAGAAUCUAUCUGUCCAGUCGAGAAUUUGGUUGUGUAUAUGGGGCUCAUAGGGUAUUUGGUGGCUGAUCUUUGUGAAGGUUCAACCCACUGGGAUCUCAACUGACUCUACUCCUUUGGACUCUCUUAGUUAUGAAGCCGAUCAAAGUUCUCCUAGACUCUCUACCAGAAAAAAGCAUACAUCCACCGCCUGCAUUUGGUUCACCCCCUAAUGCACUUGCAGCAAGUAGAUCUGAAGAUGAUGAGGGUGAAAACCCUGUGCAUGCCGCCAAUUCACGGCCCUUGCUUGCAUGAGAUAACAUUUUCCACGGAAGACAAGACAAGUCAGGUAUGUGUUGAGUGCCUGUUUCUUCAAAGAAAGUAAGGAAAUAGUGUCGUGAACUUCUUUUGUCACACCAGGUGCUGUUUGCCGUAUAUUCACUCUUGCCCUUCAAAUGUUGUGUCACAUUAUUCCUGCUACAUUUUAUUUGUCCGGGUAUAAAGUACAAGCCUUCUGCUAUAAGUCCUUUUUUGUUCUUCGAAAGGUCAUAUGGUCUGAGGUUCGCGCUAACCUCACUUGUCGUGGUGUCUGAGGUCGCGGGUUCGAAUCACCCUCUCUGCAUAAAAAGUUAGGAGUAAGACUAACUAGUAUAUUCCCUUCCCCAACACCCCAUUGGACGGAGACUUGAACUGGGUUGGUCCUUGUCAAAAGGUUAUAUGGUGAUUGGUGACCAUUUAUAAAUGCAAACUGAGUCUGCGUUAAUGAUGCAGUGUUGACUGCCUUGCUUGCUGAACAUUCAAGAAGCGCACGUGUUUUCUGCAAACCGAUGAGAUGGCUUCUCACUUGAUGUCUUUGCCGUUGAUGGUUGGCCUGAGGUGCUUCUUGCUUUUUCUUGUACAUCCUGAUAAUGUUUAGUUACCCUUUUCUCCUAGACCUAGAGGGCAGAUGCUGUAUAAAUAUAGAUGCACGUCGAAUAUGGAUUCAUGAUAUUCUGUAAGUCGUAGCAAUGAGUAUUUGGAUGAGCAAAAGAACAACCAAUUUUACCAAA